GUCAUUACUUCCAGCCGGGUUUGUGCGCUGUUGGUGUUAGCUGACAGGCGGCUAACCAAACGAGUUAACUACAGUUAAGCUAACUCGAGCUAAACGACUUCCUCCUUCCCCAUAGGACGGCAGUCACUCCGGGCCAGCUGGCGACAGGAACCGGUGCCUCGAUGCUUCUAUCGCGUGGAGGAUGGCGCCCACACGAACGCUCUGAGCCCCCACCGCCCCCUAGCCACUUCGCCCACCAUCAUGUGUUAAUUUCUUUCACAUUGGCGUCUUUAGGUUAGGAGUGACAAGACGGUAGCCAGAGGUUUUUGUCCCGUGCGGGGCGGACGACGACGACGGCAGCUAGUCCUCUCCCCCCAGUCUCGCCACGGCUGGAGGAUGCUGAAGCUGUUCAGCACCUUGGUUCUCGUCGGACUGGCCGUGGCCUGCCUCACAUCCUGGGUGCUGGACAGCUACGACACGGCUUGGCACCCGAAACGGAGCGUCCGGGGCCAGGACGGAAGCGACCGGGGAAGUUCCCCGCCGUUUCCCGGCGACCAGCUGGAUAACAUAUUCUGGUUUGUACAGGUGUCCGACAUCCACAUCAGCCGCUUCCACGACCCGAGACGGAUUCCCGACUUUGAGAAGUUUUGCACCAACACCAUUGAGGUGAUCAAGCCAUCAUUAGUGCUCGCGACAGGGGACCUGACCGAUGCCAAGACGGAGAGCAAGGUGGGCUCCCUCCAGCAUGAAGUGGAAUGGCAGGCCUACCACAACAUCCUCAAAAGGUCCGGCGUGAUGAAGCGCACGCGGUGGAUUGACAUCCGGGGAAAUCACGAUGCCUUCAACAUCAUGUCGCUGGACAGUGUCAACAACUAUUACCGAAAAUACUCGGCCAAUCAGAAGGUGGGCUCCUUCCACUACGUGCAUACCACGCCCUUCGGAAACUACUCCUUCGUAUGCGCCGAUGCCACUCUGACGCCCGGACCCAAGAGGCCGUACAAUUUCUUCGGGAUCCUCAAUCAGACUCAGAUGGACACGCUGGACGCGUUCAGAGCUGAGAGUCUCAAAAGCAACCAGUCGGUCUGGUUCGGCCACUACACCACCUCCACCAUUGUUUCGCCGUCUCCGGGGGUGCGGGAGCUCAUGAGGUCAGCCGUGGCCUACCUGUGCGGCCACCUGCACACGCUGGGUGGCCUGAUGCCUGUCCUGCACAGUCGGCAUCCACACGGCACCUUGGAACUGGAGCUGGGUGAUUGGAUGGACAACCGCAGGUACAGGGUUCUGGCCUUUGACCACGACCUGCUGAGUUUCUCCGACCUGAGGUUUGAAAAGUGGCCAGCAGUUGUCAUCACCAACCCCAAGGACGUGCAGUACCUGCACCCCGUCCGGGAACCUUUGGACCGCAUACGGAGGUCCACGCACAUCAGGAUCCUCGCCUUCUCUGAGGCCGCCAUCACCGUGGUGCGUGUCAGCGUGGAUAACGAGGCGUUGGGCGAAUGCCACCCUGCCGGUGGCCCCCUCUAUGUGCUGCCCUGGGACCCGUCGCGAUACAUCACCGGGCUGCACACCGUCCGAGUCGAGGUGGAGGACUCGAUGGGCCGCCAGAGUGCACGGGAGCAGCAGUUCUCGCUGGCCAGUGAUGGCAUGACUCCGAGUUUUAGUUUUGGGCAGUCCUUCAUCCUGCUCACGGAUCAUUACGUGGUGGGCCGGGCGAUCUUUGUGAUCACCGUGCUGGUCAACGUGGCCUUGCUACUGUCCUUCAGAUUUGUGCGCCACUUCCCGCCCAGUCGAGCAGGGUGGUCCUCACGAGCUUGCGUGUCACUACGGCUGCUCAGUAAGGUGGACUCCUUCUUCUACUCCCUGCUGCUCUUCAACCUGUGCACGGCUUUAGGCCCGUGGUUCAUCGGCGAGCUGAUCGACGGCCAUAGUGGUGCCUGCUUUUCCUUCGGGGUGUUCAUCAACGGACACUUCCUGGAGGGCAGCCUUACUUACGUGGUUGGUGUCAUUCAGCUGUUGUUCUUCAACAUGCCGCUCACCCUGUACCUGUGCUGGACCCUCCAUCAGCGUUGCCGUGGCAACACCUUCCGCUCGCUGCUGCUGCGCCCAGGCUGCCGCUGGCGGUGCCUGGCGGUGCACCUGCUCAUGCUGUUGCUGCUGGCCUGGCAGGCCCAUUCGUGCUACUUCCUGCUGGAGACGUACGGCCUUUUGGCCUUUCUGCUGUCGCCCGUGCGCACCUGGGCGCUGGGACUGGGCCUGGUGCUUGUCUACCGCGCUUGGACCUGCCCCGUGCCCGCCUGGAGCUUGGUGGCCGCCGGCGGCAACGGCAAGAGUGUAUCGCCGGCCUCCUGACAGUAAAUGUCCGCUCUCGGUGUGUUCGCCGUUCACCUCCUCACCAUUUACCGCAUUGUGCAUGUUUUCAAGUGUAAAGCACCAAUGAGCUUGUUUCUCUGCCGUAGUGUGCACUGGUGGGUCUCAAACUCGGGUCUCUGGACCCUGGGAGUGUUUUUAAGUGUUUUCAUUUUAAUCCCCCAAAUUAUUGAAACAUAAAUUUGUUAUCUUCACUAUUCUUGACCCCCCCCCUCAAAAAUAAGCAACUUCUUAUGUAAGUAGCCUAAGGGGAUCCUCGGAAACUGGACCAUAAAAUCUUGAGUCGCCCCGGUGUACACAGGAGUGGGGACGGGGGGAAAAAAGUCACCCUUGAGCUGCUCUAAUUUCUUUACUCAUGCACUUUGUUGUUCAAAGUGUUGCCUUGUUAUCGCCACUGCCAAAGCACUUCAAAUAACAGCAACAGCAUUCACUUUGUGUCAGCCAUAAAAAUUGCGACAAUAUGUAGAUGCCAAAAUGUUGCAAGUGUUACAAAAAACGUCAUUUAAAACUAAAUCGCCUGUUGGAGAAAAAAAACAAACAUUGGAAACUUGAUUUCCUGACAUUUUUACGAAAGCGCAUGUUAAGUUCACUGAUGGGUUUAAAUUGUUUUUAGGAUUAUAAAUAAUGUUAUGAUUAUGUCCUUUCGAAUGAAGAUUGUCUUCAGUAAAACCAGAUUAUUCAGUGCUACGCAAAAAUUCUACAGUAGGUUAAUUAAAGGAAGUAAAUAGGCUUGAAAGUAAAACAAUACUUCCGGUUCACUACACAUUUCUGAUCUUUUUAAAGAAAUGCGCAUGUUGGAUGUUGUCACCGUGUUCACCCAAAACAACACUGUCAUCACUGUUUACAAAAAUCGUGCUUUUUACCUUUGCGUAAAUUAUUUUUAAUGGUCUUGAAAACGUGUCAGACAGAAAUGCUCAUAGUCUACCCAGUAAUCUUUGUUUGCCCGUGGAAUUAUGUUUUUUUAAGUAGUACAGCCCGCAGCGGACAGACCGAUUUACGCCACCGUUGUGUUCAAUGGCGCUCGGCGUAUGCGGUUCUUCCGACGUUUUGCUGUCAUAUCAACACUGAGCUGUUGGAAUUCUCAGGAACGUGAGUGUUUGGACACAAUCAAUUCCCAUGUAGUGUUUCAGGACAUUUUAUAUUCCACAAUCACUCUGAACAAAAAUAACAUUUGAGGAAAAUCAACGCGUGGUGGCUUUAAAUAGUG